ACGUGUCUCGUCGUCUUCCUUUGGUCGCACAGUCGCCUCCCCUCUUUCGAUUUCCUCAAUAAUUUCUUCCCCAAUGUAUGUAUGUAUAUAUAUCUAAUGGUUUGAAGUAAAUUUGAUACCGUUGUUCAUCUUCUACUUUUUUUCCUUACGGAUUUUUUUCUCCUCUGCAGCUAAUUCGAUGUUAUUACCAGAGUUUGUAAACAAGUUGUCGAAAUUGAGGUCCGUCGGCACCAGAAAAUACUUUUCUUCGUUUCCGAUUGCGAAUGAAAUGGAGCGUACAAUUACGAUCAACGGAGGAGACGAUCGGAGUUUCCCCAAACAUUUAAAUGGAAAAGAAGCAUCUCUAUUAAACAAAGAAUCAAAGACGACGCCUUACGGUUAUUUAUUCAAUCGAGAGCCUCGAUUAGUUGGAUUCGGUGUUGCUCGAAUGCUAAACCGCCAUUACAGCUCCCAGCAUCAUACAAAAAAUGCAGAACAUAAGUUGUUGGGUUCUAUUCCUAACUAUGUGAAGAUAGUGGAAGUUGGUCCGAGAGAUGGACUGCAAAACGAGAAGGAGAUUGUGCCGACAGCUGUGAAGGUGGAGUUAAUAAAGAUGCUUGCUUCUUCUGGUUUGCCUGUUGUUGAAGCUACUAGUUUCGUCUCACCAAAAUGGGUGCCCCAGUUAGCUGAUGCGAAAGACGUAAUGUCAGCCAUUCAGGGCAUUGGGCAUUCAAGAUUCCCAGUUUUGACUCCAAAUCUCAAAGGUUUUGAGGCAGCUGUUGAAGCUGGAGCAAAAGAAGUGGCUGUUUUUGCUGCUGCUUCAGAGUCCUUUUCUCGAUCAAAUUUAAAUUGCAGCAUCGAAGAUAGUCUUGCUCGAUACCGUGAUGUUGCCCUUGCUGCCAAAGACCAUGCAAUUCCAGUUCGCGGAUAUAUAUCAUGCGUUGUGGGUUGUCCGGUCGAAGGAGCAGUGCCUCCAUCCAAAGUAGCAUAUGUUGCCGAAGAGCUCUUUAAUAUGGGAUGCGCCGAGAUUUCGCUCGGUGACACAAUAGGUGUCGGCACUCCCGGUACUGUAAUUCCAAUGCUCGAAGCCGUUCUUGAUGUUGUUCCCGUAGAAAAGCUUGCAGUACAUUUUCACGACACUUACGGGCAAGCCCUUUCGAACAUUCUCUUAUCACUCCAAAUGGGUAUAAGCGUAGUGGACUCUUCUAUAUCCGGCCUUGGCGGUUGCCCGUAUGCCAAAGGUGCUUCCGGAAACGUUGCUACCGAGGAUGUUGUCUAUAUGCUUAAUGGUCUGGGCGUUAAGACAAAUGUCGAUCUUAUGAAACUCGUUUUGGCGGGAGAUUAUAUUUGUCAACAUUUGGGCCGGUCUUCUGGUUCUAAAGCUGCCAUUGCCUUGAGUCGGAGAUUGGCUAAUGCUUCUAAGCUUUAAGGUUUUCCUGGUUCGCGGAGACUAAUUACGUUAAUCCUCUCGUCAAGAAGGUAACUGAUAUCAUCUCUCUCUCUCUCUCUCUCUAGUGGAAAACUGACUUGAAAUGAAAGCAUUUUUACUGCAUUUUGAUCCAUAUUUACUGCAUUCUUGUUUAAACUAAGACAUGUUCUUGUAAAGUCACUGACUAACAUUGUCUGGUGCUGAUUCAUAGUCAGUUUCUGUCUGAAAAAAAAUGAUUUAAUUGAGCUAUCAAAAUCUCUUAUUUAAUGAUCUGUUUGGAUUUCAUUUACUGAGUUUUUUUUUUUU